AUGGGGAGAACGCAUGCCUGUGAUAUAGGACGCGUACAGUUUGAACAGAACAUAUGGCCUAGAAAAUACGUGCUGGGUGUUAUAAGCCGGGGGAUCGUGCGUUGUUUCGCAGCGAAUUAUUACGGCGCUCCUGUAGUUGGGCGUUUUGGGGAGUGGACGGCGUUUUUAGGCGACGUGGAGUCUUCGAUUGAGUCGGAAAGCAUGGCUGCGGAGUCAAGAGUCGUUCCGAAGCCGUCUGCUCCGAAGAAGUUUUCGGAGUUUCUUGCGGAAAUCGAGGAGGAGGAUCGGCAGAAGGCGGCGAGGGUGCAGAUGUGUGUGGCGGAGGGGGCUGGGUUGGUUUCUGGAGUUGCUGGGGAGUGGUGUUUUUUUACGCUGAAAGCCAAGAAUCGGCGAGGCGCGACGGUGCGCAGAUCGGAGGGGACGCUGCGUGUUUCUCUGGAGCCUCAGGGGUUUGUAGCCGUGCAAGUUGCCGGCAAUUCUUCCGAGGAUCUGGCCUUAGAAGCGGCUCUUUUCAACAAGCGCCUCAGCCUUGGAGCCGUCGGGUGUCGAGCCUCAAGCCUGGGUGUGACUCCUCAGUUGCAGUGGGAAGUCGUCGAACUCGUUGCAGGAGGACUGCAAGUGAGCUACAAACACGACGUGCCGGGUUGCUACAAGCUGCAUGUCACGUAUGACGGCCUACCCAUCGCAGGAUCGCCUUUUGAGAUUCUUCUGACAUCGGGAAAGCCGUGUGCUCUCGCCAGCCGCAUCAUCGGGAAGGGUGCGCGCGUGUGUUACGCCUCGCCUUCUGCGCUGGACGUGGAUGUCACCGCUGGCGCGAAGCCUCGCAGCACGUCUUCCUCGCCGCUUCCUUCCAAGUCUUCGGCACAGGAAAAGGAAGCCUCUUCUGAAACACAGCAGGAUCCUUAUGACGAUGACAACUGGCCGCCAGAUGCGCGGCUCCUAGCCUCAUCGUCGUCGCCUUCGGGAGCUGCUGCUGAGAAAGACGCGAAAGACGUCAUGCCCAAGAACAAACGGCAACACUUCAAACAUUUCAUCAACCGGUUCAAGGUCGUCGUCUGCGACACAAACGGCAAUCGCGUUCCUACUGGAGGGCAUUGUUUGACUGUGCGCGCCUCACGAGGAGCACGUGUCUUGCGCGUGAGAGAUGAGCGGAAUGGGGUGUAUACGGUAGACUAUGUAGUAAGAGCACCUAGGGGGCUAAUCAUGGGAACGGCUACUGAGCAUUUGCGUCUUGCGGAUACGGUAGCGAGUCUUCUCACGUUUCAGCAGCAGCACGCGAGCGACGCGCUUGUUUAUGAAUGCAAUGUAAGUUUUUUUUUAAAUCCCGAAUUAGGAGGGGAGUGCAGGAAGGAGGGAUGGGGGGAGAGUGGGAGCAAAGGGGGUAAAAUAAAACUGCAAAAGGAAGGCUGCUUGCCCUUUACCAGCUGCCGUCUCGAGGUUCUGCUCUUUGAAAAGCCUUUGAUUGCUUCGCCCUUACAACCCCUCGUUGCCAACCUUGAGCAGAUACAACGCAUGUACAAGCAGGCACAGAGCGCUACACAACUGGGCGCUUCAAUCGAACAAUUCGAAGAGCACCUGAGGGGUGGCCGUCAUGAUGAAGCUGCGCGUAUCUUGUCAUGCGUUCAUGAUACCUUUACUUCCGCAGAGGUAAAGGUUAAGCAUGCAGAUUCUUUUUUCUUCAGGGCUCUCCCCCUUGACUCCCACUCCUCCUACACGAUUCUCCCCCCACACGAUUUUUGUAUGCUUAGCGGUGCUUUGCUCUGCCGCUAUUCUAGACAUUCUUUUAAUGAAGCUCGCAACCAGGCGGAAACAGCUCUGGCCAACAUCUCCUUGCGAGAUGCCCUAGAUGAAGGCUUGUCUUCUCAGCUGCAGUGGGUAAAUGAGUGCGAGGAAGAGGGUGGUGACGACACUUCACUGCACCUUACGCCAAAGGAGAAGCAGAAGAAAGAGGAGAAGCGUCUCAAAGACCUUCAGACACAGUGGGAACAGAUACAAGCAGUGCGGGAGUUGCUUCUCAAGCUUUCAAAAGACAACGAGAGGCAGAAGGAGAUCAUUCAAGCCUUCACUGAGACAAUGCUGCAAGCACUUCAGCAAACACAGGCCCGCAACCUUCGUCUCCUUGCCGAAAGGAACGAUAUUAGGCGUCUUCGUGACGAAAACCUCUUGCCUCUUGCCGAUGUCUUGCAGCAACAGUAUCUGCAGCUCUUCCGUUCCAUGACCAAACAAAUUAUGACAUAUGUCACGUCCCUCAACGGCCGAGACUUCUUUAACCUUGAGGAGCUGAUUCAUACGUACAACAAAAUUGCGGAUGAGCUGCGUUUGUUGCAUCGGUACGGCUUAGCGGAUACUUUUGACGAGCUGAGCCGCUGUAUCUGCGAGGAGAUCGAGCUGCAGCGGCUUGAACACAUUUACCAAAAACGACAGGAACUGUGCAGCAAAGCCGAAGAGGUCAUUGCCCAAAAAGAAGGCGAAAUCAAAGACGUGCGAAUUCAGCAUGAGGCGAGAUUUAGAAACGUCGAGCCACUAGACCCUCAAGAAGUUGAGGAGAUUUGCGUGUACAGACAGAGGACGCUCUGUCUCUGCGAGAGGGGGCUCUAG